GGAAGAAUUGAUCGAGAAAUUGGCUGGAUCCAUUUAAGGUCGAGAAGGCUGGGCCAUGUUUUCUGAUUGAAGCUCUUAGCUUCUGGUGGUGGUGGUCAAGCACUCGUUUGCUUCGCUGUUCGAGUCUCACCCACUUCUUCAUCUUCUUCUUUGCUCCAAUUGUUCACUUCCCGAUGGCGAUGGUUGAGGUUUCUGUUAUGACGUCGAGCACGGGAUCUGGGAUUUUGAUGUAGCCGAAUCUGGGAUUUUCAUGCCUGGCCGUGUUUCUCCGAAUCGAUCUAUGUUCUUCUUCUGAUCUGGAGGUUCUUGCUUUCUCAACGAGUCUCUGCAUCCUUUUUCAGGGGGCAUUGUGGACGGGCUAUUUUGUGUUUUCGAUCUGCCUGAUCUCUGAACAGGUUGGUCGGUAGCAGAUUUGAUUUUGACAGAAAGGGUGCUUGCUUAUGCUGGAAAAAGAUGUCGCUUAAAAGUUUUGUUAGAGAGCUGCGAGAGAUGAAAGAUGGAAUUGGGAGCAUUUCAAAACGAGGAGAAGAAGGGAGCAGGCACUGGCGAAACCGAACAAUGUCGCAUAUUGCACCUGAUCAAGUACCUUCUUCAUCGGAGUUAAUUCAGCAAGGUCGAUGGGCAAAUCUGCCCCCAGAAUUACUUUUAGACAUCAUCCGGAGAGUGGAACAGAGUGAAACUUCAUGGCCUGCUCGAUCUGUAGUUGUUUCCUGUGCUUCAGUUUGUAGGUCUUGGAGGGCCAUUACAAAGGAGAUUAUCAGAACUCCCGAGCAAUGUGGAAGGCUCACAUUUCCAAUCUCAUUAAAGCAGCCUGGCCCUCGGGAGUCUCCAUUUCAGUUCUUUAUCAAAAGGGAUAGAGCAACUUCGACCUACCUCCUGUACUUUGGCAUGGUUCCCUCGGAGGUCAAAAAGGACAAAUUGUUGUUAGCAGCCAAAAGGGUCAGAAGAGCAGCCGGUACUGACUUUAUCAUAUCUUUGGCAGCUGAUGAUUUUUCUCGAGCGAGUAGUACCUAUGUUGGUAAAUUAAGGUCUAAUUUCCUGGGUACAAAGUUCUCAAUUUACGAUAGCCAACCUCCUUGUGACCCUGCAGCUCAGCAAAAUAGUCGAUCAAGCCGUAGAUUUCGCUCUAAGCAAGUCUCUCCUAGAGUACCUGCAUUUAAUUACUGUGUAGGUACAAUUUCUUAUGAACUUAACGUUCUUCGCACUAGAGGUCCUCGGAGGAUGCAGUGCAUCAUGCAAACUAUUCCAGUCUCUUCAAUUCAGGAGGGAGGCACUGCCCCAACACCAACAUCAUUCACAUACUCUAUCGAUGACCACCUUUCUACCAUGUCGGAUUCUAUGAGAAAGGGUUCAGCCAAGGACUUUAGCCCAAAGACCCUAUCAGAACCAGCCGUUCAAGAUUUGGAUGAAUCCUUGGUGCUUAAAAACAAGGCGCCGAGAUGGCACGAGCAGCUGCAGUGCUGGUGUCUAAAUUUCAGGGGACGUGUGACCGUGGCAUCUGUUAAGAACUUCCAACUCGUCGCAGCCGUCGAUCAAUCGCACAAUGUUUCAGUGGAAGAGCAAGAGAAGGUAAUUCUCCAGUUCGGAAAAAUUGGAAAAGAUAGUUUCACCAUGGAUUACCACUAUCCGCUCUCUGCAUUCCAAGCUUUUGCUAUCUGCUUGAGCAGCUUCGACACGAAGCCAGCCUGCGAAUGACAUCCCAUCAUGAAUAGCAGUCAUCAUCAGAAGGUAAGAUAAGGAAAUGCUUGAGCUUGUUGGGAAGAAGUACACAAGCAGCAUUAUUGACAGCUGAGAGUUGUGAAUCUGAGGUUUGACCUGUAUUUGUAUCAUCUCCUUGGCUCUAAUGCGCAUAUAUUAUCAUAAAUGUCAAUCUGUCUGUUGUUUUAUCUAUGUAGAUUUCUUCAUGGGUACUUCCUCGCAUGAUGAGACAUUCUGAUUGGAAAUGGUUUUAACUUUAUUCCAUGGUUGAUUGGGCCUC